AUGAUUGCUGAGUACUUGAUAGACCUAGAAGCGUUCCAAAACCAUGUUAAGUUCAUCGCCAAAGCUGGGACAAUUCCAGUUCUUUCUGGCUCUAUGGGUGAAGCCGUCCAUUUGAAUCAGGAGGAACGGAAACGACUCAUUCAUGCCGCUCGACAGGCUUUGAAUGACAUCGAUCUCCAUGACGUUCCCAUCGUCGCUGGAACUGGAGCUGCUAGCACCAGAGAGUCCAUUGAACUUUGCAAAGAUGCUGCCGAUGCCGGGGCCGACUAUGUCAUGGUGAUACCACCUGGAUACUAUUCAGGGGCGCUGAUUUCUAACACCAAAGCCACCGAGAAAUUCUUCACGGACAUUGCCCAAGCAUCUCCCGUCCCAGUGAUAGUGUAUAACUUUCCUGCGGUGGCUGGCGGCAUCGACAUGGACAGCGACUUGAUCGUCUCAAUAGUAAAGUCCUCGGCAAACAUAUGCGGUGUCAAACUUACAUGCGCCAACGUUGGGAAGCUGACUCGAAUCAUGAGUCAAGUCUCAACUCCCGAGUUCCAGAAACAGUACCCUCGGUCUACAGCCACGCCAUUUCGUGCGAUUGAUGGUUUCAUUGAUUUCUUGCUCCCCUCCAUCUCUGUUGGGUCGGCUGGAGCAAUCAGUGGAUUGCCCAAUAUUGCACCUAAAUCGUGUGUGAAGUUAUGGAAUCUUUGCCAAGAUCCUCAUUCUCUCAAGGAGGCCAUUGAAUUACAAAAUACCAUUGCUCUAGCGGAUGGCAUUGCUCUCAAAAUAGGCAUCGCGGGCAUGAAAAAACUCCUGCAUCGCCACUUUGGCUAUGGCGACAAACCACGUCUACCGUUAUUGCCCAUGGAUGACCAAGUCGCGGAUUCAGUAUUCGAUGAUCCCUUCUUGAAAGCUCUUUUGGAUCUAGAACUUACAUUGUAA